AGUUCCUCCGGUCAUUCAGAUGCCCAAAGGAAGUCCACCCCGCAAUUCCAAUGGGUGCCCAGGUGCCACAAGGACACACACAUUCGGUGCGGUACAUGUACGGCUAGGCAUAGUCACGGCGGUAUGGCAUGUUUGUCGCAUUUUGCGCAGGAAGACAACCCGUCAAGAGAAUGUAUGGGCUGAUCAAAGCUGUGGCACGGAUCGAGCGAGUUCGGAUGCAAUGGUGGAUCAGCUUUCCCCUCUAAGCUUGGCAUGGGACGUCGGCUGCGUCGUGUACCCAUGUCUUCGCAGCCUAGACGGGUUUCAAAGGGCAGAGUCCGUCGUCGGCUGUGUGAGUCCGCAUAUGCAGACGCGCUUCGAGCCACCUCAAUCUGAACGGUGGAGUUUCGGAGAAAUGCCAGUGAGUUCUUCGACAGUUCAAGCGGCCGCCUCUCCUGCCGAAUGUAAGUUUGGCAUGAAAUUCGGCGUGGAUCCGACGAACGAUGAGGAUGUCAAUCGGGGCUGUUUGCAUGCUUUAUCUGCACUAUGCUGGCACAAUAUAUCGAUGGUGCUCAUGCCGCGCAUCCGCUAUCAUGUGCUGGAAUUCAUCCGAAAUAUGUGCGUGAAGCAAAUGGCAUGGUGCUGCAAAACCACGGGUGAUAUUGCCCCAAACCAAACCCUGACACCCCAACCCUAUUCAAAACACACCCCAGGUGCCAUGGUGGUCGCCCGCCUGGACAACCUUCACUUGCACAUCCAGACGUGGUGAAAUGGUCAGCCACGCUUUCAUUGUUUAAAACAUUGCUAAUCCUGUUGAAUCUCGUUAGAUAAGGAUGAUCAGAAGUGUUGUCGUGGACUA